GGGGAAGAACUUGAACUUGACUGACGUGAUGGUGAUUCUCAAAAACUAUUUCCCGGUGGUGGAUGAACAGAGAAAUGUUUGACUCAACUAUCCCUCCUGAUCCAAUGGUAAUGAAGCUCUGUAUAAAGCUCAUUGACUGUGUUCAAAGAUAAAUCAGCCAACACCUCAGCGCUAGCUAGACGCUAGUGACUCAGCAUGGCACGGACACUGGAAAUUUGUCAUCUAUAUUAUCGACUUCAUCAGGGGAAAGUUUUAUGAUCUAUCUUCGCUAGCUGAUUUGAAAAUGCCGCCAAUAUGUCAUCUGAAAUAGCAUUCUUGCUGGCUUCAGUAUUUGGACUUUGUAUCAUGAUUGCUAUAGUUGGUAAUGUAUUAGUCUGUGUUGCUGUGAUCAGUGAAAGACGACUGAAAAGAAACAAAAACAACUAUUUCAUUGUCUCCCUGGCUGUGUCUGACUUAUGUGUUGCCAGUGUUGUCAUGAGUUUUGCUAUGGCAAAUGACAUACAACGAAAAUGGACUUUUGGCAGUACUUUUUGUCGGCUGUGGAUUUCAUUUGAUGUCAUGUGCUCAACGGCGUCCAUUCUAAACCUGUGCGUCAUCAGUUUUGACAGAUACAAGCACGUGCAAGACGCUAUGUACUAUGACCUUUGGAUGACCCGCAGGAAAGCAUUAACUUUGAUCACGUGUGUCUGGCUUCUGUCAGCCAUUAUUUCCUUUCUGCCCAUUCAGCUGGGUCUGCACGAAACAAACAAUGUCAUGAAUGUGAGUUCCAAACAAGAAGAAGAAUGUAUCAUUCAAUUAAAUCUGACUUAUGCAAUAGUAUCGUCCGCUGUAAGCUUCUACCUUCCAUGUUUAGUUAUGUUGGUUUUGUAUUUUAAACUUUUCUUGUUUGCUAGAAGACAUGCAGUUAAUAUCAAGUCUAUGCAACCAAAAAACAAACCCUUACCAGUGAUGACGUGUUUGAGCUCUGUCAGAAAGUUGUUUCGUACUUCUGAGCACAAAGCUGCCAAGACUUUGGGAAUUAUUACAGGAGUUUUCUUGUUGUGUUGGCUCCCAUUCUUUGUGAUCAACCCUUUAGCAGCAUACAAUCCCCACCUCAUUCCAUCCGAUGCCUUUAUUAUAACAACAUGGCUAGGCUAUGCAAACUCUUGUUUAAAUCCAAUUAUUUACACUAUAUUCAACACAGAAUUCAGACAAGCGUUUAGAAAAAUUCUCUGUUGCUAUGAUAAAGUAUCUUUCACAUGUUUUCAAGAUCAUCAAAAGUCCAGGUAUGAAAUGAAGCAUAUAGACAACCAGCCUACCGAAUCAAUUGCAUGCAAAUCUAGUUUCGAUAUCCCAAGAACAAGUCACAUGUGUAUAGAUAUUGGCUGUGUCUAGCUUUUAAAACAAAAUACUCCUAAAAAAAAAAUAAACGAAACUUUAUGCAACUUUGGUAUCUAUUACCUAUGUCACAGAAAUAGUGACUGACUAGUUAUUGUGUGUAUUGAAAAAGCAGAAGAAUAGUCAAAUAGUGUAAAGAAGACAAUUUGUCAAGGCGGAAAGAUGGGGAGGGAAGAGAAGUAAUACGGGAAUGUACAAAUUCAACGUAAUAGAUACCUGUACUAGAAUUCGCUGGUCAAAGGAAUGUAUGAGGCCAUGGGAAAGCGCUUACUUGUAGGCCUUAUUAUUAUUAUAAGUCAGAAAAAAAGGGAGGGCUCAUUGCAACAUAUACAAAAUAUAGUCUGGGCAUAAAAGAAGGGGCGUAGCUGGUGGGUAUUGUGUAUAGUUUCGAUAUUAUCUUAUGACUCAGAAACGAGUGUAUUUCUUCUGAGUCUUGUGCAUACAUUAUUCAGAUUACUUAUUUUAAUGGCCUCUCCUAUGAAACGAAGUGAAUUGAUUGGGUUAGAGGUGAGAAACAAUUAAAUGUGCAGUAACAAAGAGUAAUGCUCUAUCUAAAUAUCGCAGUAACAAAGAGUAAUGCUCUAUCUAAAUGUCGCAGUUUCUAUUCGUGUGUGUGUGUCGGUACACAGUUCUAAAUGAAUGUAGAUGUAUAUGUACCGGUAGUACUUGUACAAGAAUUUAGUCAUCUUGCAUUCUGUGUGGACUAUUCAUAGAUCCUCUAAGUAACAGAGGUUAGACUAAACUUCAUUAUUAGUACAGCCAUAGAUGCAAACAUGUUAGAUGUAGAUUGUAUGCCAUGAACUAGUUCAUUGAAUCUAUUCAAACACUCCUAAGUGAACAACUGGGUUAGUCUGGGUUUGUCUGGGUUAGUCUGGGUUUCUCAACAACUUCUUUAGUGUUCUGAAAGACGUUGCUUUACUUAGACAUCUUCAAUAGUCUGGCAAAUACUUUUAACCUGAAGGUGUCAUUUAAAAAAAAAAAUCAGUUUAACGAGCUGCUGUUGCUGUUCUCAACUGUUCAUUGACGCAAGACUCUUUAGUGACCUAGUAAGCAGCUCAAGCUUGUAGCGUCGUACUUUCUGCCUCUAUUUGCACUUGUCCAUUUCGAAUAAAACAUGUAGGCUUCCAGAUGACAUGAUAGCACUUAGGGUGUACUUGUCUACUUAGAUAUUUUUUACCGAGCUUAAAUCAAUUUGUCUGUCUGGUCGAAAUCGUCUGCACGUUAUUUCUCCCGAAGCUGAUACUUCGCACAAUUAAAGUCAUUGACAAAUGAGAACACAGGACUCAACAAGAACAACAGUAAGAAAUACUUGAAGACAAAUAAAACUUAUACGAAGUGUUGUUGUAUCCAUUUGUUUGGAUCAGUUAUGUAAUAACAUUUGUAAUAGAGCUAGACCAACAAUAAUAAAUCUGUGCGAUUAAAAAUAUUUUGA